AUGUUGGACAAGAAGGCUUGGAUUAUCCUCGCUGCCGUCCUCGGAACUCUGGUCCUCCUUCUCGUCCUGACAUUGGUUCUGUUCUUCUGGAAGCGAUCCAAGAGACGGCUCCGCGGGUUCUCUCUCCGAGCCGUCACUCCUCUCGACGAUGCCGAAUUCGAAUCCUGGAGACGACCAAGUCAAUACACCAGACGUCCAGAGAAGACCAGCAUGCGCACAACGCCAGCCGUCACUGUCCGGACAACUAGGACCCCCGCCAUUCUUGAGAAAGAUAUCAACAGCUACGAACUUCCUCGGGACCCCUCACCUCUGCCCACCACUAAGGCUUCCCCGAUCUCCCCCAUUCGGAAGCCUGAGCGCGUUCGACGAAAAUCAAGCGUCUCAUCCUCCAUCGCGGACAGGCCACCAACACCCUACUCACCUACCUCCCCUUCCGCCGAUUUCCCUCGACGUAGCUCGCACACCUCCCGCAAGUCCGGCUCGACGCCCUACCCCCACUACCCUUUGAUGUCCGAGGCGUCGACAUUCGACUUCAAAUUCGAUCCAGAACAUCAUACUGGCCUGUGA